CGCUGCGGAAGGUUCGGGCAUGCUCGAUGAUUGGCGUCUCGGUUUCCAUGAUCGCCGGCCAUGGCCUUGGUAAUUGUCGAGGCUCCAGCCGCACUGGGGCCUGGGCGGUGUGUCGGUGUUUUAAAGGAUAAUUGAACAGACCAUGUGUUCACAUUGCUGUAACACUGAUUUUCUGUGCUGUUGAAACUGACUUCUCUGGGGAAUGCUGCAGACAUCAAACUACAGCCUUGUGCUGACAAUACAGUUCACACUCAUGCUCUACGACUUGAUGUCCAAUUCCUUUUCUGAGCUUAUAUUCACAGAGCCAGUCAUCCCACUGAUAAUGUUCAUUAUUCAGGAUAUUGGAAUCCUCUUCAAUAUCAUCAUCAUCUUCCUAAUGUUUUUUAACACAUUCAUCUUUCAAGCUGGCUUGGUCAAAUUGCUGAUUCAUAGAUUUACUGGAACCAUUGCUGUUACUGGCAUUUACUUUGUUUUAAGUGUCAGUUUUCAUGUUUGGAUUCAGAAUCUGCGUUGGUUUAACAUGCGUGGGUAUGUGUGGACAAAUGGACUUCAAGCACUUUUCGUUUUCCAUCGGUUAGCUUCUGUUUUAUACUAUUAUUUCUACAAAAGAACUACCCUCUGCCUUGGUGACCCUCGAUUGUAUGAGGACUCAGAAUGGCUCCGAAAUGAAUUCUUCCGUGUCCGAAAAUAAAAAGGCAGAAUGACAAAUGUCGUGAUGCAUUGCAUUACAAAUGGACAGUUACGUGUACAGAUUUGUAUCUGAGUAAAAAGACAUUUUUAAUAUACUAAGAAUUUUCUAGCGAUAUUUUUGAAAAAGUACUCUGGGGCUGCACUCGACUAAAACUUGCAUAUUCUUUCUGAACUUGAGCAGUAUGAGGUGGAAAUUCUUUGAGCACUUUUAGUGCUGAAUCAUUCAGUUGCCAUUUGAAUCUUUGUGUCAAACAAUUAUUAAUUUUGAUCAAAUCUCACUAAAUGUAUAUAUUUCUUUACAAAAGCAAGGCGUAACAGAUGCUGAAAAUCUGAAAUAACAUCAGGUAAUAGUGGAUUAGGCAGUAUCUGUAGAGAGAAGUGAAUUAAUGUUUCAGGACACUGACCUUCCAUCAAAAUUCAAUGAGCAUUAGAACACUUUGGAUAUUUUGUCAUCUCCCGUUUUAUACGACUUCUCCCUGAAAAAUCUGCUACUGCAAGGAUGAAGUUCUGUGGCAUGAGUAGUUCUCCCAGUUGACUUAUUCAUGUGUGAUCUAGAUGAGUAGAUGUCAUCACUAUUUGAUUAUGGAGAGCAUGGUAAUAGGUGCUAUUUGUGAUUACAUCUUUAAGAGGUGAAUUUAUAGUUUGAUAUUUAUGGUUAAUAGUAAAUACGAAUUACAGUACAUCAUGAUAUGCCCAUUAGUUCUGAAUAGUUAUCAGAAUGGCAGUUACUUUUCUUUUACUAGACCAAAGACAGCAACCUAUAAUUUGAUUAAUCAGCACAAAUAAAGUUUAACCUCCAGUUGGACCAAGCUAGCUCAGUGUUACAUUGUGUUGUGAAUAGUACAUUGAUUUUAAAUUGAAAAUUGAGAAGGUUGUAUUUUAAUUAGUGUAUGGAAUGUAUCAAUAAACAAUGAGUAUUAAAGAUGAAUAAACAGUAUAUUUGAUCAUAUAAAGCUUUAAUAUAACUGGAGAUAAAUGUCCAUGGUUUUGCUAAAUUGUGAUGUGGAGAAACUGGUGUUGGGCUGGGGUGGACAAAGUUAAAAUUUUUUUUUUAGUUACUCAAACAGCUUUUUAAAAAUACAUGUUACUGUGUCCCCAUUUGAUUUUAAUUUUCCCACAAGACUUUGAGGUAUCAGGAAGCAGAUUUUGAAAGGGUCCAGGAGGAAAUAACGUGAAGUUUGCACCAUACCCCACAAGAAAAAAAACAAUAGAUUGAUGGGAGGUCUGAACGUCUGUAAUGAUUCAGACUUGGUAUAAAGAGCUGUACUUUCAGGAAUGAGUUAAAAGUGUGGUGCUGGAAAAGCACAGCAGUUCAGGCAGCAUCCAAGGAGCAGGAGAAUCAAUGUUUCAGGCAUAAGUCCUUUGUAAGGAAGGGCUUUUGCCCGAAAUAUCAAUUGUCCUGUUCCUCGGAUACUGCCUGAACUGUUGUGCUUUUCUAGCACCACACUUUUGACUCAGAUCUCCAGCAUCAGCAGUCCUCACUUUCUCCUUUUGGAGUGAGUUUCCAACAGUAGCCCUACAAGAGAGGAGGAGAUGGUAUCAAAAAUUCAUUAACACUAUAUGGCACAAAGGUGUCCACAAUUCUCUGAAUUAGCAGAAAAAUCUGUAGUUGUUUUGACAUUUGUUCUAUAUUUUACUUGUUAUAUUUACAUUUUUAGAUGUUUAAUUUUUGAAAUAUUUUUACUUUUCUUUUAUCUUAAUCAUAAAAUAGUGUUUGGAUGUGCUGUGACAUAUGAUUCUAACUUUGACUUUGUAUUUUAUAUCUGAAAGGUAUUUUGGAGGAAUA